CAAAAUGUCAAAGUAUGAAAAGUUCUCAAAGCAAAUUCCUAAAUCUCAAACUGAAAAUAUUGAUGAGAUAAUAUAACGAAAAUUAUGUUUAAUAGUUGAUAUACAAAAUAAAAAGAUGUCAGAUAAUGAAGGUUUUUUUAACAAUAUAACCCAUCUAUUAAAACAAGACUAUCGUGGAGUUAACAUAGCUGUUUAUGCUCUUGCAACAGCCGGAUUAGCAGUAUCCAUACAUAAAAUUCGUCCGGUUAGCAAGUUCUCAAAAGCAAGUACUGUUCCUGACCACUUUGUUCGGAAACAUGAGACGCUCCAAGGGUCUUUUGUUGGUGUGCAGCACUCGCCACUCCGUGUUUUAGUGGAUCAUAGAGCCCCUAUAUACUUACCUCUUUGGCAUUCUGCUAAACCACCUCUUCCAGUCAAGUUAUGGGGAAUAGAGGUUGCAAGUAUGAAUGCCGUGAACUGGCUGGAAUGUGUGGCCAAAGGUCAGAAAGUAACAUUAAAACUUAUUGCAAGAGACAAUGAUGACCUGCUUUCCAGUGUGUCGCUGCAUUUACCUCAACACAGGAAAAAAACUACUGAGACUCUGGAUAUCGCUGAAAGACUAGUAGAACUUGGUUUUGCCACAGCUUCAGUGCCCAAAAACCUUAAGAAAAAUACAAUUGAGUCAAAAUUGGCUCCAGCUUUACUGUCCGCUGAGGCUCGGGCGAAGAGCUUCCGCAAUGGUGUCUGGUCUGAAAAUUUACCACCCUUACCUGCUUAUGUAGUGUUUUGGAGAAAAGGAUCACAGGUCACCACAGACAUUGUAACUCUAUCAGCAAAAAAACUGGCCCAUGUUUUAUUGAUAGCUUCAAAAGGUAUCUUCAGCGGCGUCAAGAAAUUGGCUCUCCGGCCCUUCAGGUCACCUCCCAAGCAAGUACAAACUACAUGAAAGCAUUUAUUUAUAACGUUAUUAAUUAAAUUCUAGUUAGUUUGUACCAAAUGCAUUACGGUAAAAGUAAUUAUUUAGGUACUCAAGAGACUAGAGGUGAUACUUCCAUUUACUAAAGUGUCCUAAAUGUUCAUCUCUUUUGUAUAUAUAAUGUUGGCAAUAAAAUGUUAAAAUUA